CGUUUCAAGCAAAGUUGGCGUGUUGGUUCCAUGCACAUGCACUGAUAUUCCAAGAUAGUGAGAGGCGUCGACCCACCGCUCACUCCAGAGGGACGCUCCUUUCUUCCCCCGUAUACCCCCCUCCUGCAACCAUUCGUAACGCCUAAUAAUAUGUCUGUCGACCAGCUAUCCGCGUCUUUGGCCUCCGCGUCUGUGUCUAGUAACCCACACCCACCCAGAUCACUCGCCUCACAUCUCAGCAAUGAAACAGCAAAGUAUCUCCCUAGAGCAUCUCGAGAGGGUCAACCCCUGCAUGCCAGCUCUCCUCCGAGCCUUCUUGCUCGGAGAAAAGACGCGUCGGCGCGCGCAAAUGAUUUGUUGGACGAGGACCCAUUUGCCUCUCUGCAUUUGCCAAAUUCAUCCCUGCGGAGGCGUUCAAGUCGUCUAUCGCGAUGGCUCGCAGAACUCCCGAAUCAAUCAGGCCUAUCCACGCCUUCCGAUAUCGACGACCUCUCUCACGUGGAUCCCGUUGGCACUCGGUGUAAUCCAUAUCUUGCCUACCCGCAUCUCGGCGCCACUACCCAUGGUCAGACAUGUGAGGACGGUGCAAGUACUCACGACUAUAUCCUGGUCGAUAACGUUGAAGCGCCAACCUAUCCAGCUGACCAACCCGUUCGAGUAAAGGCAUCACACGAGCAGGCGCUCUCAGAUGCAACAAUUCGACACUCAAAUGCUGCACCCUCAUCCCGUAAUUUCCAUUUCUCAAUACGUCCUGCAUCUCCUUCAAUGUCGUCGACGACGUCCCGCAAUCCUUCCAAGCUAUCCAUGUUCCACAAAUCAUCUCGCGCGGGGUCCAGCUCCAAAGCAAGUCUGGCGGGUCAGCAUGCCCGAAGUUCGAGUUCCCAAAGCUCACCACCCCAUGCAGGUCUUCAGGUGCCUGAAAAUUCUGCAUGGCGAUGGCGGCCGUCUGUUCUUGGUCAUUUCCAGUCUGCUUCGGUCCCCGACAACCGUCUUCUGAGUCCUGCCGACGUUACUCUUGAUCGUUCACGACCAAGCAUGUCAUCAUCUACAAACACCUUCUCUUCGACCCCUACUGCGACCACCAAGAUAGAUGCCGACGGUGAUUCUCCCAUUCCGUCGUCCACGCCCUCCAAGGCUUCGUCUAUUUUUGGUUCUAUCCGUUCUCGGGCAGAUAGAUCAAGAACCUCAUUUCAACAGCCGUCCAAACCCGACGUUCGGACGUCAUCAUCACCAAGCGCAUGGUCCCAACCUAGAUCGUCAUUGAACCUUCCUGGCCCUCCUGGCUUGUCCCGCACCAUAGCGCGGAAAGCGAGCGUUCUCCGUCUGCCAUUUACGAACAAGCCUAAGUCGAGUCCGCAUAAUGCCGCAAAUCAGGCAGUCGUUGAAGAGCAAGGGUCUUCCCAACCGCAUGUUUUGUACACGAGUCGGAACAAUGGACCCCGUGUGUCCCUGUCCUCGAUUAGUAGCCAAUCCCGCAGAAAGAAGCUCGUUAUUAGCGGAAUUGCUCUCAACGACAAUGCGCGUUUGGAAGCCGUCCAGAGGUGGUGCGAAUCCUUUGGCGAGAUAGACCAGAUCACGAGAAUGCCUAAUGGCGACCUUCAUGUCAACUUUCGGAAGGCCGAAGUUGCGGACAUGGUGUGCCGUGUGCGCGCACGGGUGCAAAUUGCCGGAGUCGGCAGUGUGCAUCUGUCUUGGACCUACGGACACAAGAGAUCAUAAUAGCAUGACCACACCCCACUUGCAUCUUUCUUUGUAGCAUGAAAGGCCGCGAAUUCUUUUUUACACUACACACAACCUAAUCCGAUGCUUAUUCGAAGUCUGGUCUCCGAGGACCCUAAUUCAGCCUCACGAAUGUACAGAGAUGAUACCAUGCCCUCCUUACUUCUUCCAUCUUAUUCGCGCAGACAGCUGACGGCGAUUUUAUUUCACUGCAUAUCGACUAGCACGUAUACCCCCUGCACCUACAUCUCGAUGAAUCACGACAAUGCUGUUUUUAUUGCAUUCAUCCGUCCAUACUAUUUC